AUGACCGAACCGUCCGGUAUGUUCUGGCCAAAGACGUUGUUUGCUGAAACAUGGAAAGAAGAUGAUAUUACCAUAAUACUUGUAAGAUCGGAUAAAGUGACUCUGCUAUCUAAGAGAGUUGAAGGCUCUCUUUAUAUACACCGAGCUUCGGAACAUACUAUCUCCAGAUCCUGGGCCGCGGACCAGGCUCCGAGCCCCAGCCAAGGCUCUCAGUAUACGCGACAACUUCUCGGCUUAGGUACCACGCGAAAAUACAGACGACCGCCCAAGUUACGAAAGGAUAAUAAGAUACCUUCGAUCCUCGAGCUAUUGAGCUCUAGACUAGAAACGCGUUCUUCUGGUCACUGUGCGAACCACUUUCGAAAUCGUUAUUCUCUUAUCAAAUGUCACCAUUAUAGGAUUCAGCAUCUCCUGCAGCUUCCAGUGUCGCCAGGCUCUUGCAUUCUUAUAGCCAGCCUAAAUACCGCGCCAGGAAGGGGCGUCGAAAUUUUGCCACGUAUUACCAGCGUGGCAAUACCCGCGCGUAGCACCAGUGUAGCUGCUAUCAUGUUGGCCUCUUGGAGCACUGCCAAAUUCUCAGAUAUGCCGUCGCGGGAAAAUGGAGACUAUUUGAAUAUUCAAAACUUUCGAAGGACCCCCAUAGAUCAGUUCAUUCCUGGUUUGCUACCAACCCUCUUCAAUCGACAGUUCCUUCGUUGUUUUCUAAAAGCUGGCAGCUUACCGAGAGAUCAGAAGCGUAGUAUAUCCCAUCCCUACUACUCCAGUGUCUUGUAUUGCCGAAAGUUAAUUUCCAACGGACAAAGAGCGAUGUUCGUAUCUGGCCCUAAGAAACAUCAGGGCAAAUAUUUAUGGAUAGCCUUGACUUGA